ACGCUACUUCCUCCUUCUUCGUCCGUUUCUUUCGUCGUUCCCCUGCCCUGCGAUUCGUCGUUCCUGCACGUCGCCGUCAACCAGCAGCCGCACGUCGCCCGGAGCACCGCCGAGCUCCGUCUCCGACAGCCGCCCUCCCCUCUUCCCCGGUCGCGCAGCAGGCGUCGCCGAACAAGGGCAGCGGCGACUCCUCUCCCUUCACACCCGAUUCCAAUUAUUCAAUUCGAGGUAGGGAUAUAAGGUCAGCCCAGAGGACGUUGAUACGUGAUGCAGUGGAUGAUAUCACUAUUUUUAAUUAUGGACAUUUAAUUACUUCAUUAUUAAAUAUUUGAAUUAAACAUUGCUUCGUACUUUACACAACGGAUAAAUUAGAACCGGUGUCUAAUCUCUGGGGUAAAAUGCGGGCAUAAAAAUUUUUGGAACCGCGCCCUAAAAAUUUUAGUAACACACAACUUACACCGGAUAAGAAAAUACCCGCUGCCUUUUUUCUACUCACAUCUAUCCAACUCUCCUUUUUCUUCCCGAUCAGAUCAAAUCUGCGUUAACACCCAAAUCGGCUCCAUCUCUAGCAAUCGACGCCCCCAUCUCUACCUUCAUACGCCAUCUCUCCUCGCCAUCUAUGUCAGUCGACACCCGCAUCUAUACCUUCUGAGACCAUCUCUCCUAAUAGCUCUCAAUAAUGGAGGCAGGGGUUUCUCUCUCUAGAACCCGAUAUGAACAGUACCUCGAGACUGAGAUUCUCUCUUCCUCCAUCGAUUCAAGCUCUGCUCUUGAGAUUUUUGGAACCUUUGGAUGCACCUUCAGCUGGUGAAUCCUUAUCUGAGGUUGUUUGUGAAUUGGGUGAGGUUUGGAAGCUUCAAGCUAUGAUGUGGAGGUUGAAUUCUAGGGAAGCCUGUUACGGUUCCUACCCUGUGUUCCUGCCAUUUUUUGACUUGCUGUUCCUACUGCUGAUUUUAGGGAUGCUUAGGUUGCUUGGUUUGAAUCUCUUGCUUGCUGUUUGAGAAUGAACAGCAGCCCAAAUGCCCAUGGGAUGUGAUAAUUGUUUGGAACUGUUCUAAGUGAGUUGUAUGUUUCUCCUUUGGAAACUAAUAAGUUCUUUCCCUUUUUCCUUUUUCUUGGCAAAGAAUGCAAACAUUGCCCUUUAGUUGUGUUGGUGCAGGUUUGCAUGUUAAGGAAGCCGAAGGUUGAGGGAUGAUGUUGUAGGUCUAGGCCUUGAUCAAUCAGCAUGAAUGGGUGUUGAUGCUGCAGCACUAUGGUUGAUCAUAAAAGAUGCGAAUGCAGUGGAAAUCAACAAAUCCAGCAGUUAGUUGCAUAGAUAAAAAAUGGGGCAAGCAAGAAUGAAGAGCAAUAAUAAUUUUUACCCAAAACAUUAGUUAACAAACAAGAAGAUUGUAACUAUCUACUUUGUAUUUUUUAAAUAAAUAUGUAGUACAUUUAUUGAAUUUAGUCAAUUGGGCUUUGAAUUGAUGUUAUAGCUCAAUAAAAUGUGGAUGCAUGU